AUGAUUCGUGGUGGAGCACCGGCGCAAACGCAACGUGGUGGUGGUGGUGGUGGUGGUACUUCAUCUUUGCCAUCAAAUGUUCGAGAUAGUGUUAUGCAUCGUUUAAUGCUUUCAACUCAAGCUGCUAGUGGCAUAUCAAACGGAUCAGGACGAGCAGAACAACGAUCACGUGAAGAAAUGCAACAAUAUGUAGGACGGAAUUUUCCAUCUUUUCAACAACCACAAGUUAAUAGCGAGGUGGAUUUAUGGCCUAAUGUUUCGGGAGCCGAUAAUUUUCCAUCUCCAAUAAGUGGAAAUACAUAUGCCUAUGGACCAGGACCUGGCGCACCAAUAAUUUACUUACCAAAUUUGCUCACUUUACCGCCGCUACCACCAGUAUAUUUGCGUUGUCCUGAAUGUGGUAUCUGCAAAAUGAGUAGUGAAGAAAUGGAGGUACAUAUAAAAGUGGAACAUUUACAUUGGAGUCCUUUUCAAUGCACUGAAUGUUAUGCGGAAAGAUCGACCGAUUUUCAAUUGCGCGAACAUGUUCACUCAACACAUCGAAAAAAUUAUGAGCAUAAAUAUAUUUAUGCGUAUCAUGACAAUCCUACUGCAAAACGGUUGCUUCAAUUAAUGAUGGAUCGUUGUUUGAUGAAUGCACGUCGUGCACAACAACCAUCACUGAUUAGCAAUUCACAGCCAUCAGCAACUGUAACGACAACAACAACAACAUUACCGCCAUCACAUUUCCACUCAACAACAUUUCCGGUGAAUAACAUGAGAGAAAGACUCAUAACUCAUACAAGUGAUUUGGAUAGACGAUCUACGGCAAGUUUAUCUCCAUCACAUGAAACAAAUGCUGAAAGUCCUGUGCUUAAUAUCAAUACAUUGACAAAUGGUCGUAUAUCAGUGAAUCAACAAUUACAAAGAUCUGGUCUUACACCAACGGCAACUGUUGGAGCGACAGCAACUGUUAUUUCAAAAAAACGACCUGCAAGUGAUAAUGCAAUGUCAUGGAAUACAAAUACUGAUGCGGUGUUAUCGGCAAUACGUGUCGCAACUCAUGAAAAUGCUGAUGAACAGGAUGGUUGUGUGGAAGGAACUGGUACUGAAGAUGGUGGAAUUGGAAUUGGAGGAGAAUUAGACGAUGAAUUUAAUACUAGUAUAACAAAUGGUAUGCAUGAUAUAAAAAGUGCAUUUGAUGUUGCAAUGGAAGAAUCAACAGCUGAGCAAUCUGAUGAAGCAUUGUUAGCAGCGACAGCAAUUGAUGGUGGACAGGAUGCGACAGAUAUAUUGGGAAAUGUCGCUGAGAUAUUUAGUGCUGGUGAUAUAUCUAUUCCAUGGAAACGGCGAAAUCGUGGUGCUAAUAGUAGUAUUCACGAUAGUGGUAAUAUCACCGAUUCUAGCACAAGAAAUGAACGUCCUAGAGCUACUAAGAGCAGCUUAGCAAAAAGACGCAUGAUGGGUAUAUGCAAAUGUAAACAGCUUAUUACCGCUGGUGCGCGACAAAUGCAUAUUUUUUAUCACAUGGCGAAGGAUCGUCAGCUUUUCCGUUUCCGUUGCAAGUAUCCAGCUUGUCAAGUGCAGCACUAUAGGAAAGAUCAGAUGGAAAAUCAUCAAUCGAAGGUGCACGGUGCAAUAAAUCCAAUGUUAAUCGAGGAUCGAACAGCUGAAUUAUUCAAAAUAUCGCAGGAAGUAUCGCUAGAUCUUUUGGGAACAACGGGUAAUAAACCCGGUCCUACUGCUGCACGUGCACAAAUGAUUUACGAUCAGAUGAUGGCAGCGCAGGCUCGAAACCCGAGAAAUUCAAGGAGGAAGAAAAGAGCAGCUGAAAGAGCUUUAGCUGUUGCAGCAGCUCGUGCUGUUGCUACAGCUCGAGUUGCAGUAGCAACUGCAGCGUUGAAUGCACAAAGAAUGGCUGCAAUGCAGGAAAAUCGAUGCAAUACAAUAGAACAAUCACAGCAGCAGCAACAUUUCCUUCCAUCUGUUCCAUCAACAUCACAAGAAAUUUCAUCGAUAGAACAAACUGAUGAUCAACAAUUGCAUUGUCAAAAAUGUCACAAAUUAUUACAUAAUAAGAUACGUGGUUUUCAUGUUCUAUGGCAUAUGUCCAAAGAUCUUGGUAUUAAUCGUUACAUAUGUAAAUUUUGUGAUUUUGGUCAUGAUCGAAAACAAGCUGUUGUAUGUCAUGGAAGAAGAGAACAUGGUACAGAAGACUGUUGUGAAGAUCGUGUUGAGGAAUAUUCAGAUGAAGUAAAAGCAAUGACUGAGCAGUGUUUCGGUUUACAGCCAACAUCACUGCAUGAUAACCGUAUACAGUACAAGCUAUCGGAUCAAGUAGUUAACGAUGAAGGAUUGGUUGCAGAAUCUAUAGCAAAUGAUAAUACUGCUUGUGCAUCUAUGAUUUCAGAUGAAAUUGCAAAUUCAACAACAUAUGGGGUGGAUGAAUAUGAUGUAAAAGCAUCAUCAGCACUGCAUGAUAUUGACUCAUCGCAAUUGAUGCUAGAUCAAUCUGAAUCAUCGCCGAUUAUUUCACGAUCAUUUUCAUCAACGUCAUCAUAUCGUGAUCGUAUGAGAAAAGCCAGAAAUCGUCGUUUCGGAAUACGUAAACCUCCAUCCAAAUUGAAGCGUAAAGAAAUGGCAAAAUUACGUGAAAUCAGUAUGCGAUUAGGUGGUGCACAGUAUUUCAAAAAGCGCUUCAACGAAGCUGCACAUUGUCAGAAAUGCGGUUUGCUAACAACAUCACGGUUAAGCGAUCAUGCAUACAAACAUUUGGAUGUACAGCUAUUUCUAUGUCCGCAGUGUGAUAUUGGAAAUCAGUCACGUGAUUUGGUAGUUAAACAUAUUCGUGAUAUGCAUAGCAGUCAAGAGCAUCCAAUUGAUGAGCGAUGGAAAUAUCGUGUUGAAAUUAAAGAAAUUAUCCGUGAAUGUUAUCCAGCGUAUUUUAUUGAUGCACCAAUACCUACUGCUGCUGAUAUCGAAAAACUAAAACAAAGUUUAUCAUCGGGGCGAUUUUUCGAUGUCCUUGGAUCCACUGAUGAUGAUCAGCCGGAAAGCGUUGAUGCAAAUCUUGAAAGAGAUUUUGGCGGUGAAGCAGCUGAUGGAGAUUCGGAUGAUGAACGACAAGGAGAAGGUUUGGAGCCAGAACAAGAUGCACAAUCAUAUGCAGAAGGAGGUGAUUAUGGUGUAGAUGAUAGUAUAUUAUGUGAUGCAGAUCAAACACAGGAACGUUUUGUAAUGGAAAAUGAUGGUGAUCAAUCGGUGGACAGUGAUAUAAGUGGUGAUGAUGUUAUGAUUGAAGAAAAUGGACAAGAUGAGGUGGAAAGAUUUGCUGGUGCAUCAUCAGGACAAUCAUCAAUCACUGGGCUUCCGUUGCUGGAGAAUGAAGAUGUUUUGGGAAAUGGUGGUAUUUUGGUGAAAAAUGAGCCAGAUAAUCAUUCUGAUCUCACUGGUGAAGCUGAAAUUACACAUAUUGUUGAAGAAGAGGAAGAUGAGGGUGAGGAGGAAAUGUAA